AUGAGGAUUGAGUUAUACGGAUGCUCUGCUAACGAACUAGACGGUGACAAGUCCAUUGGGUUCGAGACUGGAAAGGUAGCAGAUCAAUCCUUGACCGCAUCAAGCACUCUAAACAAGUAUUACCGACCUGAAUUUGGCAGAUUGAACAGUUUAAUUGAAGGAGGUUCCUGGUGCGCUAGAGAAACAAAUACAAGCGAAUAUUUGCAGGUGGACCUACAGGAGAUACAUAAGAUCAGUAAUAUCAUACUACAGGGAAAGUACACAGGCUCUGCGCAAGGAAAUGGAUGGGUUACCAAGUUUUCAGUCACUUACAGUAACGAUGGCAUUGUGUGGAGCCGACACAGCGAGGGUGGAGUACAAGUAUUUCUGGGAAAUGACCUAAAUAACAUGACAAGGAAUCAUGAAAUAGUGCCAUCACUGUACGCUCGUUUUGUCCGGCUGCAUGCAGUGGAAUGGCAUCAGCUGAUUUGUAUGCGAGUUGAGUUCAUCGGAUGUAAAGCGUGUGCAAAGCCUCUUGGUAUGGAAAAUCGCCAGUUGACGCAGAUAUCCGGGUCCUCCAACCCAAAGCGUUGGCAUUAUAUCAGACUCAAUAAUGAUCUACCGUGGUAUCCCCUUACCAGCGACAAUCGAAUAUUUAUCCAAGUUGUUGUAAGUCCCUAUGGCAAAACUGUUACGGCUUUGGCCAUCCAGGGACACAGCUACUGGGUCACUUCCUUUACACUGGGAACAAGUGAGGAUGGCUCAGAGUGGCACGAUUAUUAUGUCGAUGGAAAAGUUGUGGUUUUUCUAGGUUGCAUAACUCGUUAUCAAACUUUACGCCGGCCGCUGCCUAAGAAAAUUACAUCACGCUAUAUCAGGCUCUACCCUCAAACUUGGGAUCAUACACCACAUAUCAGUGUGGAGUUCUAUGGAUGUAAUGAGUGUGCCGAACCACUGGGAAUGGCCAGUGGUCUCAUACCAGACUCCGACAUUCAAGCUUCGUCAUUCAAAGUGGGCGGAGAACCCUGGCGCGCUCGUUUAGGAUCUGGUUCGGGUUGGAUUCCAUCAUCUGUGGCAUCUUCAGAAUACAUUGUGGUAGAUCUUGGAGAGUCAAAAGCCAUAACAUACAUCGAGAUGGAAGGAGAUUCUCUCAAGAACCAUUGGCUGAAAUAUUUUUUCUUGGACUACAGGAUGAGCACUCGAGACCCGUGGACAAUUUAUGAACCUCGUGGAAUAAGUGGGAAAAUAUUGGGUGUAGAGAUGAAAAACAUGGUGGUGACUAUUAAAACAGAACAGAAGCUAGAAGCAAGAUUUAUAAAGAUCCGCGUUGAGAAUUGGCAUUUAGGGGCCAAUUUAAAACUUGAAUUUUAUGGCUGCGACAAAGUAUGUUCCGACGAAAUCGGAAUCGGAACUUGGGUAAUAAAGGACCCUGCUUUCACCGCCUCUAGUUACCUGUCUUCACGCAGAUACCCAUGGAUGGCACGCCUCGAUGGUAGAGGGGCCUGGUGCCCAAGCGAAAACGACACUCAGCCUUUCUUACAAGUGGACCUUGCGAAACCAUACAAAUUACGAUUUAUUGCCACCCAAGGAUUCCACAGCUCGAACAACAGCGCUUGGGUACAGCAGUACACAUUGCACUUUCGCAAAGAACUUUUAUCUUGGAUUCCAUACUCCGAGAAUAGCACAGAAAAAUUGUUUCCAGGCAACUCAGAUGGAACGUCGAUAGUCAAAAACAGGCUCAAUAAUGUUUCCAAUGUGCGAUAUAUUCGUCUUCAUCCUAAGAAAUGGCACACAUUUGCAUGUAUAAGAGUCGAGUUAUACGGAUGCAAAGAUUUCGAUGAAGAAAGCUUGAAGCCGUUAGGAAUGAGCGACUAUCGAAUUCCUAACAAUAGCAUUUUAGCUUCAGACAUUUACUUGGAUACUGAGGUGCACGGACCAUGGAUGGCUAGGUUACAUAGUACUGCGGGAUGUUGGGUAUUUCCAAGAGGUGAAAACUUUCUUCUUGUCGACCUGGGUGAAGGUUUAGUGUCCGUAAGUGGAGUCGCUACGCAGGGAUGUAACAACAAGGUUAUCGAAAAAUACGGACACGUGCUGGAGUAUAAAUUGUCCUUCAGCGAUGAUGGUGCAGACUGGUAUUAUUAUCGAGAGGGAGGGGGCCCUAAGGUUUUCAGCGGUAAUACCCCUGACGAAACAGACCUCCCUGUACGUCACGUGUUUACCCGGUCAUUUUACACUCGUUACGUCAAGUUCCUCUUGACUCGCUGGGUGUUAGAUACCACUUCUCCUGCGCUGAGGGUGGAAAUUUAUGGCAUCAGAAAAGGAGGGGAGUUGCUCGUGGAAGCUAAUGUUUCCAUCAGCGCAUCAAGCUCCCGAUAUCCGCUGACACCGCAAGACUGCUUACUCAGUAUUAGGCGAACGUGGUGCGCUGAGUUCGAUGACGAGAUGCAAUACCUCCAGAUUGAUCUGAAGCGAAAUAGUUACAUUGAGGCGAUCAUAACCCAGGGGGCAGUUGUUGAAGAGUCCUGGGUUGAGAAUUAUACGAUUUCGUAUGGUCAUUCCUAUGAUUUGUGGAAAAAAUAUGAAGAGAAUGGCUCUAGCAAGGUCUUUCAGGGAAAUAACGAUAGCUCAUCCAUUGUCACUCGGAAAUUUAUGAAACAAGUCAGGGCGCGAUUUAUCAGGAUUCAUCCUGUCAGCUGGAUUGGACAUAUCUGCAUGCGAUUUGACAUACGAACCGUUGCCAUUUUUAUCGAUUUCUUGUUAAAAUCGAAAGAUCGAAGUAUACCUCUUGGAAUACAAAAACACAAGAUUGCCAAUUCAGCCAUAACUGCAUCCAGUCAUGCUGGAAGUGGCAACGAACCAUGGCGGGCCCGCUUGGAUGUAGGCUUCUUGAGCGAAGCGUGGCGCGCAGGAGAAGACAGCCACGAUCAGUAUUUACAGAUUGACUUGGGUACUACUCAUAACAUCACUCACGUGGCCACUCAAGGAAGUCAUCGGACAGAUAAAAGCUGCUGGGUGACUCAGUUUAAUUUGUCCCACAGCUUGGAUGGGUCUGAAUGGAACAAGUACGAGGAAAAUGACUCAGUGAAGGUAUUAUCGAGGUUUUAA